AUGCUGUGCGCGGCAAUCACUCUGCUAUCCGUACUUUUUUGCGUCUACUGUGUCUACGAUUGCCUCAAGCCCCGCGAUUUCCCGCCUGGACCAAAAUGGCUGCCGCUAGUGGGCUGCUUCCUAGCGUUCCGGAAGCUGAGGAGCAAACACGGAUACGCUUAUUUGGCGUUCCAGGAACUAACGGAGACGUACGGGCCAAUUUUGGGCCUGAAGCUGGGCACCCAGAAGGUCGUUGUGAUCUCGUCGUACGACCUGGUGAAGGAGGUUCUUCUUCGAGACGAGUUCAACGGCAGACCAGACGGGUUCUUCUUCAGGGUUCGUGCCUUUGGGAAAAGAAAAGGCGUUCUGUUCACGGAGGGUCCCACGUGGUCCCAGUGUCGUCGUUUCACCAUGAGGCAUCUUCGAACGUUCGGUUUGGGCCAGGCGACCAUGGAGAAGCAACUGACCAUGGAGGCUGAGAAUCUGGUCGCUUAUCUACGUCGUGCCAGCGCGAGGGGCCCGAUUCCCAUGCACACAGCUUUUGAUAUCGCGGUCCUCAACUCUCUGUGGUCCAUGUUCGCCGGGCACAGGUUCGAUUACGACAACGAGAAGCUGACAGAGAUGCUGGAGAUCGUCCACGAUGCUUUUAGAUUGAUGGACACUAUGGGUGGUAUUGUAUCCCAAAUGCCAUUUCUACGCUUCGUGAUACCCGAGUUGUCCGGUUACAACGACUUGAUGAGAAUACUGAGGAAGCUCUGGGCCUUCCUGGACGAGGAGAUAACCGUGCACGAGAGACGUUUGUCGUCGAACGAGCCCCAGGACCUGAUCGAGGCCUUCCUCCUGGAAAUAUCGACCAACGACAGCAAGAGGAACGACACCAUUUUCGAUCGAGAAAAUUUACUGGUUCUCUGCUUGGACCUCUUUUUAGCCGGCUCGAAGACCACCACAGACACCUUGGCGACCACUCUGUUGUUUCUGUCUCUCCACUCGGAGUGGAUAGAGAAGCUACGAAAGGAGUUGGACAGCGUCGUGGGAAGAUCACGGUCCCCUGUUUUGGAAGAUUACUCCUCCUUGCCUAUGAUGGAAUCGUUUCUCGCUGAAGUGCAGAGAUUCUUGAUUCUGGCGCCACUUGGUGUUCCCCACAAGACCAUGAAAGACAUAACUUUCAACGAGUAUCUCAUACCCAAGGAUACCAUUGUUCUUCUGGAUUUUCAUAGUGUGCACAACGACAGAGCUUAUUGGGACCGUCCGGAGGAGUUCCGGCCGCAACGAUUUCUGGACGAAAAUGGCCGAUUCUGUCAGAAGAACGCAAACAUGCCUUUUGGUUUAGGCAAAAGACGCUGCCCGGGAGAAAUGCUGGCCCGCAGUUCCUUAUUUUUAUUCUUCGCCUACGUUAUACAUUACUUCGACAUCGAAAUUUCACCGGACCACGGCAAGCCAGACCCGAACGGGUACGACGGUUUCACUAUAUCUCCGAAACCGUAUUACCUGAAGCUCACGACGAGAUCCGACAUCAGGGACUACUUUGCAACGUGAGAAUUAUUUUCGAAGAACCACGUACGCCAUUACAAUUUGAACAUCGAUUAAAAUUAUCGUCGAUAAUUGUUAACGUGUUUGGAAUAAAAACAUUGUACCAUAUUUUUAUAUUUAUGUGUAAAAUAAGCAUCUAUUUAUUUGCAUUUUUGUUUUUUUUGUAUUAUUAGAUCGGAUGUAAAUAAAAUUUUUGCCAUUAAAAUCGACAAUUAUUUGAGAAGAACGAUAAACGCCAUUGCGAUUUGAAUAUUGAUUAAAAUUAUCGUCGAUCGAAUUUUUCGAUAAUUGUUAAACAUUGCACCAUAUUUUUAUAUUG